GUCAGUCCACCAGCAGCGGACCAACAACAACACGCAGUUUAUCACACAUUUUAAUUAACCUGCGGACGGAUUUUUAAAGUGGAGCACAAUAUUCACCUGUAGGACUACAAAUCUCCUCCAAAUGAUUUUUUAACGGACUUUACUUGCCGGAAUCCACCGUUAGGUUUCAUCUGAACUGGAAUUACUAACCAUCCUGGAGACGUUUUUGAUGAUAUUUAACAUUUAUUGAAGAUCAUGUGGAUUACUCUUUUGCGAUUUUAACCCCCCCAGCUGCGCUUAUAGUUGACAGGUGAACACGUUUAACACAAGUUUGAUAGAAUAAGUGACAUUUUACUUACAGAGCUUGGUUGUCAACCAUGGGAUUUUACCGGCACAAAAACGCCUGUUUUAAAGUUUCAAACACGGCUUUUCCUGCACGUUUCCUCACUAAAAGUCUGCUGUGAAAAGUCAACGUCGAACAAUAAUUUAUUUUAAUCGUCAUUCGGCAGUGAAACGUUUGAUUUUUUUUGUGACAUUUUCUUCCAUCCAGAGGAGCAAAGCGGGACCUAACGGCUGCUGCCAUAGUGACUGUAACUGCACCGCGCGCGCAACUCACUCGCUGCCGGCCGGGGAGGGAGGCACGCGCUAGGCUGGGUUUCGCGGGCAUGGGUGGUUAGCUUGUUUUCAGCCACAGCCUCUCCCGAUUAAAACCACCAAACUUACCAACAUCAUGAAGAGGAAAGCAGACACUCGCUAAGUUCACAGGGAUACAUUAUUUAGCUGUGGUGGAAGUGGACUACCUGCUGGGCAGAGGAUGGCCUUCUGGAAGGAGGGCACCACUCUCCUGGUGGUUCUGCUGGUUCUUCUGGACCUGCAGCCAGCUGCCGGGCGAUCAUCUCAACACCGCAGCUUGAGACGUCAAACUCGAGGACACCAUGAGCACCGGGCGCAACACAACAUCACGCUGGCGGUCAUCCUACCGCAGAGCAACACAGAUUACCCGUGGGCUUGGCCUCGCAUUGGUCCCGCCUUGGAGCGGGCUGUUAAAACUGUGAACGCUGACCCCACCCUUCUCCCCGACCACCACCUCACCUACGCCUUCAAGAACAGCGAAGACAAGGACGGCAUCUGCUCCGAGUCCGUCGCCCCGCUCAUGGCUGUGGACCUCAAACUUGCCUACGACCCGUGGGCUUUCAUUGGGCCUGGCUGCUCCUACACCGCCUCCCCUGUUGGCCUCUUCACCACCCACUGGGACGUUCCCAUGGUUACGGCGGGCGCCCCAGCCGUGGCUUUUUACGGCGGGGUCUAUCCGUCCAUCACCAACACAGGCCCCACCCACAAGAAGCUUGGGAAGUUUGCCCUGAGGAUCUGUGAGCACUUUGGGUGGCGGGAGCAUGUGAUGCUCAUGUUCAAUGACAACAAGGUGGACGAUCGGCCGUGUUACUUCGCUGUGGAGGGUUUAUACACGGAGCUGAAGAGCAUCAACAUCACCCUAGUGGACAGAGUGUUCGAGGAGAACAAGCCGCCAAUCAACUACUCCCAAAUCCUCUCUGACAGUCAGAGUGACGGCCGAGUGAUAUUUGUCUGCUGCUCACCGGACAUCUUCAGGAAGUUGAUGGUCCAGUUCCGGCAGUCGGAUCUUAUUCACGAGCAGUAUGUCUUCUUCUACAUCGAUGUGUUCGGAGACAGCCUGAACUCCAAGCACGGGCAGCCGUGGGCCCGCGGAGACGAGGACGACGUCAUCGCAAAGGAGGCCUUCCAGAGUGUGAAGAUCCUGACGUACCGAGAGCCUCAGAACCCGGAGUACAGAGAGUUUGUCAACAACUUGAAGACAGACGCCAGGAAAAUGUUCAACUACACCAUCAAGGACUCGCUGAUGAACAUUAUCGCUGGAGGUUUCUACGACGGUCUGAUGCUCUACACUCACGCUCUGAACGAGACCAUGUCGACGUCCGACGGUCGUCCUCCGGGGAAAGUCGUCACCAGGAGGAUGUGGAAUCGAACCUUCCACGGUGUAACAGGUCUGGUCCACCUGGACGAGAACGGAGACAGAGAGACAGACUUCGCCUUGUGGGACAUCGACACCAACACCAGCGCCUUCCAGAUAGUUUUGGUGUACAACAGUUCGGAGGAGCAGCUGACCGCCAUCCCCGGAACAACGCUGCAGUGGCCGGGUGGCGUUUGUCCUCCUGACAUUCCUGUCUGCGGCUUCAAGAACGACAACCCCAUCUGCCUGGCAAAAACGAUCACCAUCCACCAGAUGGUCUCCAUUGUGGUCUUCUUCAUCUUCACCAUGACCCUCACCAUCACCAUCUUCGUCUACAGGAGGAUGAAACUGGAGAAGGAGCUGGUGGCUCAGCUCUGGAGGGUUUCCUGGGAAGACAUCCACAUGAGUAACCUGGACAAGGUGCUGCGGAGCGGCAGCAGGAUCACACUGUCACUGAGAGGCUCUAACUAUGGCUCCCUGAUGACCGGAGACGGAAACCUGCAAGUUUUUGCAAAGACUGGAUACUACAAGGGAAACAUCGUUGCCAUCAAAUACUCCAACACCAAACGCAUCGAGCUGAACAGGAAGGUCCUGUUUGAACUCAAACACAUGAGAGACGUUCAGAACGAACAUCUGACCAGAUUCAUCGGCUCCUGCAUCGACCCUCCGAACAUCUGCGUCAUCACAGAGUACUGUCCAAGAGGAAGUCUGCAGGACAUCUUGGAGAACGACAGCAUCACUCUGGACUGGAUGUUCAAAUAUUCUCUCAUCAAUGACAUCGUUAAGGGAAUGGUGUUCCUCCACAACAGCGUCAUCUUCUCUCACGGUAAACUCAAGUCGUCAAACUGUGUCGUCGACAACCGCUUCGUCCUGAAGAUCACAGACUACGGUUUGUGCAGCUUUCGAUCUGUGAACGACUCAGGCAAAGACGCUCACUCCUACUACGCCCAGAGGUUGUGGAUGGCUCCGGAGCUGCUCAGGAUGGACUCGCCUCCUCUUCAGGGAACUCAGAAAGGAGACGUCUACAGCUUCGGCAUCAUCCUCCAGGAGGUGGCGCUGCGCCGAGGAGCCUUCUACCUGGAGGGAGACCCGCUCAGUCCUAAAGAGAUCGUGGACCGGGUGAUUCUGGGCGAGUGGCCAUGCCUGAGGCCGACCAUCGACCCGCAGAGUCACAGUCCUGAACUGGGUCAGCUGAUGCAGCGCUGCUGGGCCGAGGAGCCCACAGAGAGACCCGAGUUCAACCACAUCUGUCUGCUGCUGCGCAAACAGAACAAGGAGUCGAGGACCAACAUCCUGGACAACCUGCUGUCCCGUAUGGAGCAGUACGCCAACAACCUGGAGGAGCUGGUGGAGGAACGAACGCAAGCUUAUCAUGAGGAGAAACGCAAAGCUGAAGCUCUACUGUACCAGAUACUACCACACUCGGUGGCGGAGCAGUUGAAACGAGGUGAGACGGUUCAGGCCGAAGCUUUUGAUUCGGUCACCAUCUACUUCAGUGACAUCGUGGGAUUCACCUCCAUAUCUGCAGAGAGCACGCCCAUGGAGGUGGUGACUCUGCUGAAUGACCUGUACACCUGUUUCGAUGCCAUCAUAGACAACUUUGAUGUUUACAAGGUGGAGACCAUCGGCGAUGCCUACAUGGUGGUGUCGGGGCUGCCGGUGAGGAACGGGAACCUGCACGGCCGGGAGAUCGCUCGCAUGGCCCUGGCUCUGCUGGACGCCGUCCGAACCUUCAAGAUCCGCCACCGACCAGAACAACAGCUGAAACUGAGGAUAGGAAUUCACAGCGGCCCGGUGUGUGCAGGCGUGGUCGGUCUGAAGAUGCCACGUUACUGUUUGUUUGGCGACACGGUCAACACGUCGUCACGUAUGGAGUCGACUGGAGAAGCGCUGAAGAUCCACGUAUCAGCGGCGACUCGAGAGGUCCUGCUGGAGUUCAACUGCUUCCAGCUGGAGCUGCGAGGAGACAUCGACAUCAAGGGCAAAGGAAAGAUGACCACCUAUUGGCUACUGGGAGAGAGCGACAGCCAAUGACGAAACACCGCGGACAGGAGGACGACAGAGGAUGAAGGAGAGGAGGAGAAGAGAGGAAAAGAGAGAGAAGAUAGGGAGGAAAGGAAGGAGGGAG